CCUGUCCUCCUCCUUCCCCGGCGUUUCCAGGAGCUGGUGCGGAAUUUCCAGCUGCGAUGUUCAUACACUUGUAAAUCCAGCUCGGUGUGUCUGUGAGGGCCUGCCCUUGCCGGGGGUGGGGAAGGGAGAUUUGUGCCUUUGUUCAGGGUCUGGAGAGGCGGCUUCUCCGACUGUUUACCCGGUCACCAUGGAGAUCUCAUCACUGGAGCGGCAGCUGCAGAGCGUUCAACGAAACAUCGCCUUUUUAAAGGGGGAACACAUGGACCUACUGCAUGGGCUACACAUGGAGAUCCUGCAACUGCAGAAACGCUGCACCGAGUUGACCUGUGAACUAACAUUGAAGUCAUCAAGAAACGGCCAAUCAGAGGACUGUGAGCACCAGGAGGACUGUGGCCCCCUCGAGGCUGAGAUCAGGCAGAAGGAGCUGCAGAACGCGGCGCUGAGGAAGGAACUCCGCCACAAGGAGGCGCUGAUAGCGGCGCUGGAGGACAGCCUGCGGCGGAGGGAGCGGCUCUUCCUCGAGGAGCUCAAGAGACGGAGUCACAGGAUGACCCUCCUGAACAGUGAACUGCAGAAGCAGUCGGAGACUGCGGCCCAGCUCGCAUUCCAGUUGCACAGCGUCAAACAGAAGCUGAGUAACUCCAGGCAGGGCGGUCGGCCUUCGGACAAGCCCGCCGAUAAAGCCAUCCCGACGUCUCCGGUGUACACAUCAGUCUCGCUGAGGCGGCACCAUAAAGUCCACUCGAAAGUGACCGAUAGAAUCUGCACCGAGAGCCAGCAGAGGCGCCGGGCAGGACUGGACGAGCUCGACCCCAUGCCCGACCCUGCGCUUUUCCUGCGGGCGAGGUGGCAUCACGGCGGGCGGCAGAGCCAGGCAGGCGGCUCGGCGCCCGUCACUCACGAGUGCAGACUGGAGAGCGGCGGCCUCGCGCCUGCGCAGUCGCAGCCGCAGCCGCUCGUGCCCAGGACUGUGGCGGAGGGCGGCUCCAAGUGCUCGAACUUUCUGGGACCUCCCGCCGAGACAGAGAUCCCCCUCACGGACGAGGAGAGCGCCGGCGAGGAUCUGCAAAAGGCGCGGGAGAGCGUUCGGAAGUAGAGCACGGGGUUAACGAUUAGAAGGAACUCGCUUUGAUCACUCGCGUCUUUUCACACCCCGAAACGCGUUCGCAUGCGAUAUUGGUCACCGUGCAGGCAAAUGCAGCAGCCGCCUUGCACCGAGCGAGGCCCCGCACAUAGCAACGGGGUGACCAAUCACCUGCCGCUCCUCUCUCCUGCCAUUCACUGAGGCUGCAGCCCCAUCUACAACACCCCAAGCCGAGCUUCAGCCCCUGCGAAUAACAUUUUGGAAGAAACAGACUAUUUAAGGUGAAGAAUAGGCAAGAUGAGCAUAGGCAAGUAAUAUACAGAGCUUUCUUAUUAAUCUCAGGAACCUGAGCCUCUAUUCAAACAAAUCAGUGGGUGAUCCAGCUGCUUAAUAGUUUUUUUUUGAAACUGUUGUGUUUACCCAAUCUCCUCAGUACAACAAUUCGAGGCACAGACCCUGUAUACCACACACACUGCAGGUUACCCUAUUCCAAACAUUGGCUUACUUUUUAAAACAUAAAUACAAGGCAAUAAAGUAAUCAUGUGGAACUUAGAGACAGUCUCCAGCUCCAGAAAACAGCACACACACACUAUCUUCAUGACUUAACUGAGUCCUGUAUGAACUCACCUAGUGUUGAUUGACUAUCGAUAAAGUCUUAGAGGGAUAAGGGGCCUACACUUUACCAGCAGAGAGUGCUAAUUAUCUCCCCUUGACAUGCUUUAGUAUUACCACAGCUGAAUCCAUGACGAACAACAUCCUGGAAACCAAAAACUCAAAUAAAAGCAAAAUGCUACAGAUGCAAAUCUGAAGGUCCUGCAGAAGAGUGACAUUAGACCCAUAACAUUAAUCCUGCUUCUCUGUCCACAGAUACUGCUUGACCUGCUGAGUUUCUCUACUUUUUCUGUUAUUUAUCCUGAGGGCUACCUUGGAUCAGAAACUGGGCUGGCCAUGUAAAGAGAAUGUAAGGAACUGGACAUUCUUCAGCAAGCAACCUAACUCCUGACUUCCCAGAAACUUUCCACCAUCUUUAAGGCACAAGUCAGGAGUAUAAUGGAACAUUCUUGGCUUAGUUGAAUGAAUGUAGUUCCAUUAAUGUUCAGAAGGAUCAAUACUAUCCAGGACAAAAAGCUAAUUCAUUUGGCCAUUCAUUUCCUCUACCAUGGAACUACAAUGGCAGCAAUUAGCCAAGGUUCCUCAAACAGCAUAAUCCAAACUAAUGCCCUCUAUCAUCUCAAGGGCAACUAACAUAUGAGAACGCCACCACUUUAAAGUUCCUCUCUAAAGGGGAAUUAUGGUAAUAUCACUGGACCUGCUAUCCAGAACCCAGGGGCAUGGGUUCAAAUCCAAUGGCUGAAGGUGGUAUUUGAAUUUAGUAAAGGUCUGGAAUAGCCAGCUGUAACCACUAGCGAUUGUUGUAAAAACCUAUCUGGUUCACUAAUUUGGCAAGAGAAGGAAAUCUGCUGCUUUUACUGAGUCUGGCCUAUAUGGGACUCCAAACCGACAGCAACGUGUUUGAUUUUUUUUUCCCCAGCACCCAUGUUAUGUGUGUGCAGGUGUGAGACACAGUGAAAGACACAAGGUUCACGAAUCUUUAUUCAAAUUUCCACCACCAGGAAGAAAGGAAACACCCGAGUUGCCAAUAGACAAUAGGUGCAGGAGUAGACCAUUCUGCCCUUCGAGCCUGCACCACCAUUCACUAUGAUCAUGGCUGAUCAUCCUUAAUCAGUAUCCUGUUCCUGCCUUAUCUCCAUAACCCUUGAUUCCACUAGCCUUGAGAGCUCUAUCCAACUCUUUCUUAAAUGAAUCCAGAGACUGGGCCUCCACUGUCCUCUGGGGCAGAGCAUUCCACACAGCCACCAUUCUCUGGGUGAAGAAGUUUCUCCUCAUCUUUGUCCUAAAUGGUCUACCCCGUAUUUUUAAGCUGUGUCCUCUGGCCAGUGACAAGCAGUGCCCUUCAUAUCAAAGGGCAAUGCUGUGUGAUCAAACAGUGAAGGGGAGGGCAGGGAUUAAAUCAAAAUAGAGUUGGAGGGGGAAAUAAUACACUCCACUCCCUGCGGCGCCCACCUCUCCCUGAACAACUACAGGGUGUUAUGUGUUUGAUUCUUAACUGCCCUCUGGACAUUAAGUGCUGGCUUAGCCAGUUGUGUGUACAUCCUGUGAAGGUAUAACAUAUGUCACAUUCCGUGUUGGCUUGGAAUUACUUAGCUAGCCCAACACUCUGAGUGAGAUAAAAUCCUGGAAGUCCCUUCCCAACAGUAUUACCAGUAUAUGUGCAUCACAUACGUGUGUUGCAGCAACUCACCAUUACUCUCUCAAUGGCAGUUAAGAUUAAGUCUUAAUUGCUAGCCUAAUCAGCAAUGCUUGCAUACUGGAAAAAAAAAUAAAAAACAUACAUCCUAUCCUUUCAAAGCUAUGCAGCUUCUAAUUAAUCAUGAGAGAUUCAGAAUUCUGGAUAUAAAGCACGCAUUCAGCACAUGCUGUGUAACCCCCUCACAUUAUUUCAGAUGGAAAACAAUGUUUAGCAAUCAUUGACUGCUUUUGGCCUAGACGACAUGAUUUACAAAAAAUUCUCACCCUUCACAAAUAACGAUUUGGUGCUAGUUACUGACCAAUGAUUAGAUGAUAUGAGCUUGAAAGGACCCUUAGUAGCAAACUGAAGCAGAGAAAACAGCCCUGCUGUUAGAAUGAAUCGAACUCACUCGAGUCAAUGACUCAAAAAGAUUGUAAAUAAUAAAACAAAUUCACAUUUUCUUAUAACCUGACAAAAUAUUAUUUCACAUUUACUUCAAGAAAGAUUUGCAUCUAUAUGUCACCAUUCAUAUCUCCAGGAAACUCCAAUGUCAUGUCGGAAAUGUGUCAGCUGUUUUGAGCACUGCACGCUUCCACAGCAAAGUGACAAUGAUCAAAUCGUCUGUUUUCGCAUUGUGGAGUACGGAACAAAUAUUGGCCUGAGCAUCAAAGAUACUUUCCCUACUCUUCUUCAAAACAAAACUACAGGUCUUUUUUAUUCACCUCCAAGGGCAAA